CGACCCGCCGCGUUGCCAUUGGUUACAUGUCUCUCAGAACUAGAAACAUCGUACAUCAAUUGCGGCCGGCAAAAGUAAACAAUAGUAUUUAUCGUACAUAAAAACAAUAUGAGUUGAACAAUCAAUUGGACAAAUUUUUUUUUAUAUUUUCUUUGUACAAUUUCAGACUUAUCUUUUUUCCGAUAUGUUACUAGAAUAGUAUACAGUAUAUUGUGUGGCCAGUGGUGAGAUGGUGGUAGUGACUGGACGGUGGUGGUUCACUUUAGUGGUUGUGGUGUUGUCUGUGGUGAACUGUGACACCAAGAUGUUCAACUUCAUCGGCCGGGAGACUCUCAGUGACGGCGAGACAGAGACUCUGGUACAUUACGAUGGUCUCACGGCCAAGGAGACGUCCGUAGUCGCACGAGGAGGCAAUCAUACGUCCUCAUUGAAGCUACGUCAGCUGACGGACGGUGAUCACCUGAUCCAGCUGAUAUACAGCGGCCAGGGAGAGCUGCAAGACUGCGAGUACCUGAGGCAGGACGCGGCUGUGAGGCAGUUCCAGGAGAACGUGAGGCAGACUGUGGAGGCCCGGGGGAACGUGCGCUCGCUGGACGGUCGUCGUCUACCUCCGGAGUUGGCGGAGUGGAUGGACUACGCGCUGCUGAAGAAGCAAUGUCACAGACAUCACCGUCGUCUGAGGAGACUGGCUCGUCGGAGAUUCAAGGGAGGGAAGUUGCAGAGAGCGCGUGCCGACAGGGAUAUCCAGAGGUCAUCUAUCAAGUCCUCGGUUCUGCAGAGUUUUCUGCUGGCCCCAGGCACCAAGUGGUGUGGUCACAGUCACGCCGCCUCCUCCUAUACUGACCUCGGUCAUCUGUUUGGCCUCGACAAGUGCUGCAGGACCCAUGACAUGUGUCCCAAGAUCAUCCCCGGGUUUUCCUCCGUGUACGGCUACCUCAACUUCCGGCCGUUCACCAUCAGCCAUUGCUCCUGCGACAAUAGGUUCCGUGCAUGUCUGAAGAUGGCAGACACGGGCCCCGCCAACCUGGUUGGUAAACUCUUCUUCAACAUCGUCCAGACCAAGUGCUUCGUACUCAAGCCUGAGAAGGUCUGCGCCAAGUGGUCGUGGUGGGGAAAAUGCAAGAAGAUGACGUAUCGUAAACAAGCUCAUAUACGAGACAACCUUCCCUUUUGAAGAUGGAGCGAGCAUUUUAAUAUGAAUUUAAAAAUCGAAAUUGUAAUUAAUAUUUAUUGGGAAAGAAUUUAACAUCAGCUUUAAACGUUGCAUGAAAUCUUUUUUCAUUACUUAAAUAGAAUGUGUUUAUAUGAUGUUUUACAUUAAAAAUCAUUUAAAAUAUUAGCUUCGCAAGAUUAGGCCAUUCUAUAGUUUCAACACAAUUUCAAUUUCAUCACUUAAAAAUCAAAAUCUUACAAUACAAGUUAGACACAUACAUUAACAAACAAAUGAGACUUGAUCCAAAAUGACCUGCUAAUAUUUAGAAGGCCAAAAGUUAAGAAAUUUCAUUUGAGAAUCUAAAUUAUAAAGUGUGCAUGAGGUUGUAAAAGGUUUAUGAAGUUUUCAAUAUUCAUGCUGUUUUAUGAAUAGCAGAAUUAUUAUAUUUGUUUUAGUGGAACUAAAGUUAAAAGCUACUGGUACAUUAACUUAUUUCUUACCAAAGAAACGGAGUUUAAUAAAUAGUUUAUAUUUCUGUUUCUCUAAAGGGUUUUCUACACUCACAGUAUUAUUUAAAGGUAAUUUGUUUUUAGCCUUAAACGGUAGCUCAUUCUAGGAAAAUACAAAUGAUUUAUUAAACAUUGUAUAUUUUGUACCAAUUAUAUUGCAGGAUUCAAUUACUAUAUCGCAUCUCAACAGUUGUAUUUAUUUAGUUAAUUUGAACAAAGAAAUAAGGAAUUAAACUAGUAGAAGAAAUUAUUGGUAAAUUGACUAUAUACAGUAUUUAGAUAUGUACAGUUAGUAUAUAGUGUAAAGAUGUAUAUUGUAUAUACGUUGUUGAUAAUUGUUGUUGUGCAAUAACUCUUUUGUAUUUUAAAAUCUACUUUAUUAGUACGAGUAGACAUGUAUAUAUUGUU